CAUAAAAAGGAAAAGCCGAAGAGGAUAAAGAAGCUUUCAAUGCUUUAAUUGAUUCAAAGCAUUCAAAGGUGCCUUUGAUUGCAGAAAAUUCAGCAAUGGCCAUUACUGUUCAUGUUCCUUGCCCUUCAUUCCUCUGCUUUUCUUUCUCCAAAAUCAAAAGUGGUGCAGCGGAGAGGUUUGUGAGUAAAGACAGAAAGCAUGGGGAGGAGUAAGGUUAGGCAGGGGAGGAGAUUGCAGAAGAUAAUGAAGUGCUUGUGUUCGGGGGAGCAGUUAAGAGCAGCAGAUGAAAUGGUUCCUUGGUCGGAAUCUGUUGCAUCGAAGGAUUAUUAUUCGGCAAAUUCUGGCCGUGAUGGACAAGUUGUGAGGAGGAGGCCGGAUACAGGCAACAUAGAAGAAGCUGAAUCGUCCUUACGUGAGAGUGGCAUCUUGAACUAUGAGGAAGCUAGAGCUUUGUUAGGAAGAUAUGAAUAUCAGGAAGGAAAUAUAGAAUCCGCUUUACAUGUUUUUGAGGGAAUAGAUAUAGGCGCAGUGACUCCCAAGAUAAAAAUUUCCCUUGCCAAAAGAAGAGAACGCCGUAAGAGACAUCCCCAGAAUCAUACUACUCCACCAAUGUCUAUACAUACUGCUGGAUUACUGUUGGAAGCAGUUUUCCUUAAAGCAAAAUGCUUGCAGGCUCUUGGGAGGUUUAAAGAAGCUGCCCAAACUUGCAAAGUUAUUUUGGACAUAGUUGAGUCUUCAUUACCUGAAGGCUUGCCUGAAAACUUUGGUGCUGAAUGUAAAUUGCAGGAGACUUUGAGUAAGGCAGUUGAGCUACUUCCAGAAUUAUGGAAACUUGCUGAUUGUCCCCGUGAAGUUAUUUUAUCUUAUCGGCAUGCGCUCCUUCCUCAGUGGAAUCUUGAUUCAGAGACCAAAGCAAAGAUACAGAAAGAAUUUGUUAUUUUUCUUCUAUAUAGCGGAGGGGAAGUAAUCCCCCCAAAUCUUCGUUCUCAUAUGGACAGCUCAUUUGUACCCACAAACAACAUAGAGGAGGCUAUACUUCUUUUAAUGAUUUUGCUAAGAGAAGUCUCUCUAAAUAAAAUUGAAUGGGAUCCUUCAAUUUUGGACCACCUUUCAUUUGCUCUAUCUGUUUCAGGGGAUUUGACAGCUUUAGCCAGUCAAUGGGAAGAAUUGCUUCCUGGGACUAUCAAUCGAAGAGAAAGAUACCAUGCCCUUGCUCUUUGUUAUUAUGGGGCAGGUAAGGACUUGGCAGCACUGAAUCUUCUUCUAAAAUUGUUGAGUAGCAGAGAGGACCCGAAACAUGUUCCUGCUUUGUUAAUGGCUUCUAAGAUUUGUUGCGAGAACCCUGAUCUUGCAAAAGAUGGGGUAAGCUUUGCUCGCAGAAUGCUUGAUAACUUGGAUGGAAGAUGUGAUCAGUUCGAAAGUCUUGCCAAUUGCUUACUUGGUGUUUCACUUUCAGCACACUCAAAAUUGGCUAUUUCUGAUUCUGAGAGGUUUGAGAGACAGUCCGAGGCACUUCAUUUCCUGGAAACUGCGGUCAGAAUGACCAGAAUGUGUGAACCCCUUUUACUGUACCAUUUCAGUUUAGAAUGUGCAGAGCAAAGGAAGUUGGAUGCUGCACUUCAUUACGCCGAAUGCUUUCUAAACUUGGAAGUUGGAUCUAAUGUUAAAGGGUGGUUAUUGUUAGCCCGGAUAUUAUCAGCUCAAAAGCAGUUUUUGGAUGCUGAAUCCAUUGUCAAUGCUGCUUUGGAUCAAACUGGAAUAUGGGACCAAGGAGAUUUGUUACGGACAAAAGCUAAACUGCAAACUGCACAGGGCCAGUUAACGAGUGCCAUUGAAACAUAUAGUCAGCUACUUGCUAUUCUUCUAGUUCAGAGAAAAGCUUUUGGUUCAAGGAAGAAGCUAUACAAGGACUACAGAGAUCAUGCUAGGAACUUGGAAGUGGAAAUUUGGCAUGAUCUUGCUUAUGUAUACAUAAGUCUGUCACAGUGGCAUGAUGCAGAGGUGUGUCUUUCAAAAUCUAAGGCCAUCAAACUAUACUCUGCUUCUAGAUGUCAUGCAAUAGGUACAAUGUACGAAGCAAAGGGCCUUUACAAAGAGGCUCUAAAAGCUUUUCGUGAAGCUUUGAACAUUGAUCCCGGACAUGUCCCUAGCUUGAUCUCGGCUGCUGUGGUUAUAAGACGGUGCAGUAAUCAAUCAAAUCCUCCUGUCAGAAGCUUUCUGAUGGAUGCACUGAGGCAUGACAGAUUUAAUGCUUCUGCUUGGUAUAAUCUUGGCAUUCUCCACAAAGCUGAGGGUAAAAUGUUAGAAGCUGCAGAAUGUUUUGAGACAGCAAACUUUCUUGAAGAGUCAGCACCAGUUGAACCUUUCAGAUGACUGAUUCUGCAAGCAUUUUUGUGAUGCCAUCUCACGCUUGACAUACAUAUUCGUGUAUAAUUUUUAUGUAUUCUUGACGUCGGUAUAGGUCAAUAAGAAAGUCAUCCUUCAUGAUUUGCUUUGCUUUCCUUUGUUGCGAGCUGCUGCUCUUUCAUUUUCUGAAAAAAUGGAUUCUGUGUGCCAUUACCCAUGAACGAGUGGAUAAAAUAAGUUAAGGUAGAUGAAUUAUUUUUUUUUUCCAAUUUUACCAACUAAUAUAUAUUGAGUCUUCAGUACUAAAACUGUCAUUAAACUGUUACGACCUU